AUGGAGGACGGCACGUUGGAUGAAUAUUCUAUUGGCGACUCGGAUGAAGAGGACAUGGCCAUGCUUCUGGAAUCAGCCGACGGCAACCCUAGCAAGCCUUCUCCCUCACAUUUCCCUGUAACCAUUGAUCAGGGUCCGAGGUCGACUGGAAGCUUCGACUUGAAGCUUCACUCCUCUUCUUCCGACGUUAGCCACGAUGAAGCAUCCAAAAUCAACUUCUUGGAGCCCGACUUUCUUGACGAAGACAUCGACUGGGACACUUUUACUGCCUGUGAAAAAGAUGCCACUCGGAGCCCCGAGACCGGAAUGCUCGUUGACGCUGCCAGUAUGCAGGAAACUAGCUCCCCAUCAAGCCCAACCCCAAUCAUAAGGCCCCCCGUUCCUCCAAAGAUGAGAGACCGUUCCGUCGUCGUUGGGCUUUCCUCCACAACCAUGAUGCGCACCUGCUUCAGGAUCGGGGAGUUGCUGAACGCCCACGCCAAGUGCACGCGAGACAAACAAGACGUUGUCUUGGAGUUGUUUGCAAGGGUGAGGUAUUCUAUCAGGGAGACCACGACCAGGGUACAGCACUUUGACUUGCGGGACCUUUUCACGGACAGGCAGCCAUUCCUGAGUGGCACUUUCAGAGAAUGGAAGCUCAACAGCUCUCUCGAUCAUGACAGUAGAUCAUUUCUAGGGCUGAGCGGACAAAACAAACUAUGCCGAUGCGUUUGCAAGCUCUCAAACGCCAGGGAGACAACCAUCGGACGUUCGGCAAUGAUCCUGUCCAUCAGAGAGACGACCUGGGAUGAGAUAUUUUGGGCUUUGAGAAUCGUCGCCCGAGACGCGCCAUCUGACAGCGGAUGA